AUGUCACAAGCUCAGAUCCAACCGUGUCGCUAUAAGACUGGCAAGACGCUCGGCGCUGGCUCAUACUCGGUCGUCAAGGAGUGCGUGCACAUUGACACGGGACGCUACUAUGCCGCCAAGGUCAUCAACAAGCGCCUGAUGGCCGGUCGUGAGCACAUGGUGCGCAAUGAGAUUGCCGUUCUCAAGCGCGUGUCCAUGGGCCACCAGAACAUCCNNCUCACGCUGGUCGACUACUUUGAGACCAUGAACAAUCUGUACCUCGUCACCGACCUGGCUCUAGGCGGCGAGCUGUUCGAUCGCAUCUGUCGCAAAGGCUCAUACUACGAAAGCGAUGCUGCAGACCUCAUCCGUGCCACUCUGUCUGCUGUCGCAUACCUCCACGACCACGGUAUUGUCCACCGCGACCUCAAGCCAGAGAACUUGCUGUUCCGUACCCCCGAAGACAAUGCCGACCUCAUGAUAGCCGACUUUGGCUUGUCUCGUAUCAUGGACGAGGAGCAAUUCCACGUCUUGACCACAACUUGUGGUACACCCGGCUACAUGGCGCCCGAGAUUUUUAACAAGAGCGGCCACGGCAAGCCUGUGUCAGUCUUUCUCCUCCUGCCUCCCUCUUUCUGUGCUGACCCUUUCCCAGUGNACGUGUGGGCCAUCGGCGUCAUUACCUACUUCCUGCUUUGCGGGUAUACCCCAUUCGACCGAGACAGUAAUCUCGAAGAGAUGCAGGCCAUCCUCGUCGCCGACUACUCGUUCACUCCUCUCGAAUACUGGCGUGGCGUGUCGCUUUCUGCCCGAGCCUUCAUCAAGCGCUGUCUGACCAUCGACCCCACAAAACGCAUGACAUCCCACGAAGCUCUGAGCCACGACUGGAUCGCUGGCCCUGCACAAGAAAGAGGCAACGAGGAUCUGCUUCCCACAGUCAAGAAGAACUUCAACGCCAGAAGAACCCUACACAAAGCCAUCGACACUGUUCGCGCUAUCAACCAACUCAGAGCAGGUGGCGGUAUGGGCAUGAUGGACGGCGCCCAGUCUCAUCGUCCCGAGCGAGUCGACACUGCCGCACCCAGAGACAAGGACGGCGACGUUGACAUGGAUUCGAAAGCUAAGAGUCAAACCGCGACUGCUGCUUGA